AUGUCGUAUUAUUACGAAGGCGUCUGGAAUUCAAGCAACUUUUCCAGGUGCUCAUCCGUUUGUCACACGUAUUCUAACUUUUGAUUUCCAGCGACAGUAAUACCGAUAAUUGGCGACCCACAAACCAUGCUUAUUCACAGCAUGAGGUUAAUUUUUUGCGUUUUUCUCGCCUCGCUGAUUGUAUUCAUUUUCAGCAAUAUAAUCCAGUUUACCCGUCGUUCAGCGGCACCGCGGACUUUUUAGCAUCUUCGGCCCUGCAGGUUACCUUUUUGCUUUCCGAACAAGUGGGCGAAGAUGAGAAAAAGCUCUUUCGAACCGGCGAUGUUUCUCUCUUCUUGUCUCUAUUCGCUUGUUUUCUUUUCUUUUACAGAAAAAUACAUCACAAUCAACUCAAUUUCCAGGAACCCGCUCCGUACAACCCUACCAAGCGCUCCACGUCUGCUCGCGAGACUCAGAAUCGGCCAGGGAAUUCAAUCCGUCGUGGUGGCAGUCAUCAGAAGAGAAAUAAGAAGACUUGGAAAGCCAAGAGGUUCCAUUUGAUCACUCUGAGCACCGAUCCGCAGGGAAACGCCGAUUCGACCGACUUUUCGAAGAUACAGGAGGCUUCUCCUAAAACGGUAGUCACAGUGGCUCCUAGAAACAACAAAUGUGAGACUCAUACUUUGAUGCAUCAAAAACAAACGUUUCUCUUUUAGCACGCGGUGGCAAGGGCAUUCAGAAAAUGCCUAAUUACAGUGGAUCGCAGGUCAACAACUGGGAGUCAAACGGCUUCCAGCAGCCAAGAGGAUCAUUCGGUCGACCGCCUCACAGGGGAGGACGUGGACGCGGAGGAGGCGGAGGACGCGGUGGAAGGUUUAAUGGAGCCUUGAAGCCGACAAACAGCAAGGAUGACAUACAGUUUGUGGCUCUUCCGGACGAUGCUCCGGCGAUCACUCUCGCUGUCUCUUCCGAUAACAUCCUCGCUUUCCACGGCUUCGACAGUGUCUUCACCACCCAACAUAGUGUAAGAUAUAACACUUACGUUACUCCUUACGCAGAAUUUUGUUUUUUCAGUUCCCAGUGCUGAUCGACAAAAAGAUCUACGCGAGUUGUGACCACUACUAUCAGAUUUGCAAAGUGACCGACUUGACCGGCGUUUCUAGCGACAAACUGAACAAGGCCGUUCGCGAUCAGAACGGAAAACCGAUUGUCGAAUCGAGCGGAGUGGAAAAGGAGAAGAAGGCGUUCAGUGCCAUUGCAAAAGACAUAAUCCGAGCAUCGAAUGUAAGCUAGUUUCUAACUUCUUUUCAAAUUUGUAUCGCUUUAGAUCAGCAAGGAAAAGGUAGAUGAGUGGAGAAACACAAAGGGUCUCGAAGCGAUCCAAAAGGGAUUGCAUGCGAAGGUGGCACAGUCCGCACAUCUCCGAGAAGCUCUCAAGGAAAGUGGCGAUCGCAUUCUCGUGCACGCAUUCGUCCGGGACAGCAUUUACGGAACAGGGUCGAAUGUUCUUCAGGUCAAGAAAUGGCUGGAUGAUCUCCUCAAGGCGGGCGUCAAAACGCUCAGAAUCCCUUCUGAGUACCCGCUCGACGACACCACUGUGCAGCACUGUCCAGUAUUCGCUCAAGGGCGAAACAUUCUGGGAGUCAUUCUGAUGCAACUCAGAGAAAUGAUUCGCAAGGAGGAAAUUGAAAUAGUUGAUAUGAGCAAGAUUUACGAUGCUCUUCGUGUCAACGAUACGGAGGCAAUGGACGUCACACCCACAGGCGCCGGAUUCAUCAUGGACAACAGCAGCGUCGGAACUUUCUAA